GCUGGAUGGGGGGAAACACACACUCUGGUUUCACCUCAGUUAGGUAGCAGAGAGGGCAACACAGUCCCAAAGGGAGGGGCCCGAAGGGGAGGAGCCCCAGGCCCGCAGGCCGCCAGCCGGGAGGGGGCCUCUCUCACUGGGGACUUGGCUGUGCACCCCAGCUCCUGCGCCCCGCAGGGGGCCCGCCUGUCCGCCCCAUGGCCUUGCUGCGGCUCCUCCUGCUGCUGACGCCCGUCUGCUGCGUGCCGCCCACGGACCAAGACCUCAGCCCGCCCAUCACGAACUUACGGAUGGAGCCAGGAAAUCGGAGGCUGGCCUGGGACCUCAGUGGAAAUGUUUCCAGCAUCAAGUGCUACGUCAAUGGGGCUUUAUCCGGAACGGUGAAAAACAAUCGUUAUUGCUUACUGCACGCAUUUCCCAAAUGUGAGGCGUCAAACUACACAGUUCACGCCACCGUGCCCGGCGGGAAGCAGUUUUCCGCGUGGAUCAACUACCCCAGGCAAGAAGGGAACCCCAGGGCGGCCGCGGAGCACCUGCAAUGUCGGGUUCAUGAUUUGCAUUUCCUGACGUGCAGCUGGGCGGUGGGCCCCGAAGCCCCCCGGGACGUCCAAUAUGACUUCUACUUAGAGGAGCUCAGUAACAGCACAACGUGGCCAUGCCCACGUUACACCAAAAAAGAGCUGGACACCCACGUCCAGUGUCAGUUUGCUAACGUCUCCGAGCUUCCCAACGACGAAGAGCAGAACCUUCUGUUCCGUCUGCUGGUGCAGGGCCGCAGCAGGCACUCCCGCGUACCCUGCUCUGAGAUCGUCAAGUCUCUUUCCGAGAUCGAGGAAUUCACCGCACCCAACCUGACUGCAGACUGCAACAAGUCUCUUGCUGUCUUGCAGUGGCGAAUGUCCAGCCACUUCACAAAAACGUUUGACUAUGAACUUAGAAUAGAAGAGGACUCGGGCGCUCCCAUCAUGCAGAACAACCUCUCCCAAAAGUACUGGGUCCUGCCCAACCCCGGGACCUUCACGGUGACCAUCCGAGCCCACGGCGGCCAGUGGAGCGCCCGCCAGCGCUUCGUGUGUGACCAGGAGGACGAAGGGCGCCUGUACGUCUGGCUGAUCGCACUGACCGCGCUGCUGGUGGUGGGGGCCGCGAUUCUUCUGUGCAAAAAGUACUCGGUGCUGCAGAAGCUCUUUCCUCCCAUCCCUCACAUGAAGGACCCCACUGGGGACAAGCGUGUGCACGACGAGAACAUGAUGGUCUGGCAGCCCAGCCUGCCCCCCCCAGAGGACUGUCCUGUGGCCGAGGUGCAGCUUGUGGAGGGCACGUGAGGCUGGACCGGCUCUCGGCCUGGCCAGGUCCCCACUCGGCCUGGUGGCCUGUGGGCAGCAGACAUUUGUCCCGGGCGGGUGGGGAGCAGGGGGCGGAGAAGCCUGAAUAAAGUACU